AAUUAUCGUGUGUCAGUCUCUUGAAGUUCAACAAAACACCAUCAUGGGCCUCGUGACACCACUUGUCUUUUGCUCUUUCUCUCUCUAAUUUCCCCUCCCAGAUGCCCGCCAUUUUCUCCGUAAUCGCACUAUAAUGAUUCACUGUAACCACGAUUGAAGCUGUAAUUUCCGCCAUUAACAAUGCAGGAGCUAAGAUUUCAAGAUCACAAAAUCAGCAUUACCAGUAGCCAGUCGAGAUCGAGCUACGGCGGAGCUGGUGCUGGUGCCGGUGGUGGUAGUCCUGACUCCGUCAUAUUCUCCAAUUUCAGCCUCUUUUCUUCUUCCGCUUCAGCUAGCGUUGAGCGAUGUUCUUCUGCUUCAGAUGUUCUUGAUCGAGAUUCCAUCGUCUCCGAAAUGUCUCUGCAUUUGUCGGGACGUGGUUUCCGUGAUUCCUCCUCCUCCGCAAGGGGUCCAGAUCCAGAUCCAAACAAUAAUUCUACAGUGGUUAGGAGCGGAGGUCAGCAUCCAGUAAGCAAAAAAGCGGAAAAAGCAAAAGCUAUAAUAGAUUACACUGAUGUCGAAACACAUGGUGAGAAGCAUCAAACUCUAGAUUCAGCAAGAAGCUCCUUCUCUCAAGCUCUAAAAGAUUGCCAAACACGAAAGUCAAGAUCUGAAAUUCUAUCAAGGAAGUCUGACAGGAGAAGACCAACAUCUUUAGAUCUCAACAAUCAAGUAAUAAAUGUAACCACUUCUUCUCCAAGACUUGCUAUGAAAACCUCUGUUUCAAGUCGAAGAACAAGCUUAUUCCCAAGUCCUGUGACCCCAAAUUAUCGUCCUGCAAACAUGAAAGGAUGGAGUUCAGAACGUGUGCCUUUACCUACCAACACUAACAGAAGACAAGUGAGUUCUGGAUUAAUGUCUUACAAUAGUGGAAGAACACUUCCUUCCAAAUGGGAAGAUGCUGAAAGGUGGAUAUGUAGUCCAGUUGGAGGAGAAACUGCUUUAAAACAAUCAAUUCAACAGUCACAAAGAAGACAAAAGUCAAAGAGUGGUCCACUUGGGCCACAUGGAUCUUCAUUCUACUCCAUGUAUUCCCCUGCUGUACAUACAUUCGAUGGAGGGAAUAUAGGAAGUUUAAGUUUGCUCAAUGGAUCGCCAUUUUCAAGUAGAAUAAAUUCAAAUAACAAUGUUGAUCGAAAUGAGAAUAGUGGAAACUUCCCUUCAUUGACUGAGCCAUGUAUGGCAAGGUCAGUCAGUGUACAUGGUUGCUCUGAAUCAUUAAGUCAAUCAUUGUUACGUAUAACUCAAGAUGGAAAAACUAGUGCUACAAACAUUUCUGGUGAUGUUUCAAGGAGAGAUAUGGCAACACAAAUGAGCCCUGAGGGUAGUCCAUACUCGUCUCCUAAAAUGAGAAACUCUGUCUCUGUUUCCAAUUCUCUUACUGUGGAUGAGUUGCAGCAGAUCCGAAUUUCUAAAGCAGAUGUGAGAGAUGUACAGGUGGAUGAUCAGGUCAGUUUGUCAAGAUGGUCAAAGAAAACUAGAACUCGGAUUCCGGGCAGGCGGGCAGGGUCAGAAAUGGUGGAUGACUGGAAAAGAAAAGCGUUGGAGGUUCGGUCUGCAGAUUGGGAAGUUUCAGAGAUGACUAAAAGUCUUUCAAAGGUUAAACGGGAGGAAGCUAAAAUUACUGCUUGGGAGAAUCUCCAGAAGGCAAAAGCAGAAGCAUCCAUACGCAAACUUGAGAUGAAAUUGGAAAAAAAGCGAUCGUCUUCCAUGGAUAAGAUUAUGAACAAACUACGAUCAGCUCAAAAAAAGGCACAAGAAAUGAGAGGGUCGGUUUUAUCUAAUCAAGUUCCUCGAUCUUCUUCAGCUUCUUCUUCUUCACACAAGGCCAUCUCACUUAUCAGGACUCCACAAAUAGGUUCCUUAAGUGGCUGCUUUACUUGCCAUGCAUUUUAACAACCUAUUUGUGGAUGCCUUAUAGGUAAUUCCUGUUUGCUCUCUACGUAUGUGCU